AUGUUUAGUCAUGAAAAGACCGUGGUAGAGAAACAGAAAGCGGCUGAGGGAGCCCCGGUCCAGUGGCGGGAGGCUAGUGGACACUGGGCCCGGGCACCCCACUUGCUCGGGUGGCACUUGGCAACCUGCAACUCACCACUUGCACAUCCGCACUCACUCGGAAUGCCAGAACUCACCAUUGCACAGUGCGGAGAACAGAGGCCCCAGUGUCAGCAGUGCACCCGGUCCAACCGCUCCUGUCCAGGAUACCGGCGCAAUCCAGUGUUCAUUCAGGUCAAUCCAGCUGCGUCAUCUGAGUCAAGCCCGCAACAUCAUCUCUCCUUGAUCCGGACUGCCUACCAGCAGCAGCUCCUUGGAGAUUUCCACGAGCAGUAUAUCCCAGACAUCGACCACGUGAGCGAAAGCAGGUCAUGGCUCAGCGCACUUCUGCAGUUGCCUUUUCAGACCAAGGCAUCCAAGGCCUCAGGACUUGCGCUUUGUACAGCCAUGUUAGGUCGCACUCGUGCCAACCCUGGUCUUGUGCGUGAAAGUUUGGAUCUGUAUACUCGGGGCCUUCGCGAGCUGCAGCUGGCGCUCCUCAGCCCCUCGAUGGUGCGUCACGAUGAAACACUAGCUGCAUGUCUUGCGCUUGCAAUGUAUGAGAUCAUGGAGUGUCCCGGUAGACAGAUCUCUGGAUACUAUCACCAUUGCCGUGGGCUUAUGUCCCUCAUAAAACUUCGUGGUGUGGAUGCACAUAAAUCAGGUUUUGGCCAUCAACUGUUUCUUGCUAUCCGUGCUCAUGGGAUAAUGUACGAUCUCGGCCAACUGACCCCCAGUUUCAUGGCGAACAGAGUAUGGAUCGAGAAGCCAUGGGAGAACACCACAAAAAGUCCAUCAGACCGGAUCACCGAUUGUAUGGCUCACCUUCCGCGUUUGUUUCAUGAUAUUGAGACCUACACCAGUCUGUCUUGCGUCGAGAAAGAGGCCAUGGCAUUGGACUUGAUAGCCGACUUCCAGUUCUUGGAUACCAGCCUCCAAGAUAUCUACAACGAGCUAAAGGGGUCCAAAACUGGUCCACUUUACUGGUCAAGCCUGUCCAGAGACUUCAACUCCGCAGACCCAAUGAAAGGCCCUCUUUUCCCGAUCGCUUUUCAGUUCCCCGAUCUGAAAACUGCCGGUAACCUGAUGACGUACUGGGCCACAUGCGCGCUAAUAUGGAAUGCAUGGAACUCAAUAUACGAAGACUUCAGACACGUUGCGCAUGGCAAAAUCACGAUUUCCCCUCGUGAUAUCUCAUCAGUCAUCGUCAAUGUCUGCCAAUCGGCCGAGUUCUGCCUACACGGUACAAAGUCGGUGAGAGGUGGAUACAUAGCCACUAUGCCGCUCGCAAUCUGCAAGGAAAUUCUCCAAAGCCAUGGAAAUCAGCCUCAACAAGUUGAAUGGAUCCAAAGGGCGCUGAAGGCGCUCGAGAAUCGCGGCGCGCGGAUCCUCAAAUAUAUUUGA